AUGAAUCAUGGAAUACAGAAGACUUUGAAGAACAGUUUCUUUAAACUUCCUUCUAAUGAGAAACAACUCUCGAGAAAGUUAGAGGAAUCACAGUUGUUCUCAUCGCUAUGGAAUAGGUCGACAUCGUACGAUAGUACCAAUGACGAAAUUAAUGCACCUACAACGUUGCCGAUAAAAAUAAGGACAAAGGGGGAAGUUAACAGUGAUGUUAUUUCUGAAUUUCCGGAGAAAAAGGGAAUUUCCUUGAAGUUCAAGCAGACGAUGACGUAUGCCAAAAUGAUUGUUGGCUUCUAUAAAAGUGGUGUAACAAAUGUGUGGAACUCAAAGAAGGAAGUCAGCAAAUUGAUGAGAAAAGACUUCAAAUUGAUAAACCAAUUGAAUAAUUCUGGUAAAGAAGUUGAAAUUCGUAUACCGUCCUUUAAAAAGUUGGUCUCAGAAAUGUCCCAGGCGAUUUAUAUGAGCCAAGUCGAAACUAAGACAUUUAAUGAAAGUAACGAAGGUCACUUAAAGAGAGUAGAUAGACAGGAAAGGGAAAUAGACACAGGAUUAUUUAAUUUAACAAGAAGACAGUUACAACUUAUUAACCGUACCAGAGAAGACUUCCCAAAGCUACCUGCAUUUGCAGUUAUAUUCAUGAUUUUUUUCGAAUGUACACCAUUGCUAUGUUACGUCAUUCCAGAGAUAACACCUGAGACAUGUGUGCUACCAUCUAUAUUGCCUCGUAUGUGGAGUCCGAAGGCAGGAGCCAUGCUUCGUGACCGUGUGAACUCACUGGAUUUUAAUAUCGAAGAUUUAGCCCUGAGGACAGCCUUCAACUUACCAGUAGAAGAGGCUCGGCUUCUUGCGCGGGCCUUACGCUUGACUUCGAAAUAUAUACCACAGAAGCUCUAUCCUGAGUCGAUUCUUCGUCGCCGCUUAAACCAGUAUCGUAACUAUCUCAGAAUCGACAAUUACUACCUCGCUGGUUUCAACGGAGAAGGUAAUAUUUGGAACCUAUCUAAUCAAGAGCUUCUAAGGGCAGCAUUAGAGCGUAACAUCAUUAAGGACCUCAAGAAUGAUGCAAAGCUUUAUGAUGAAAUCAAAAACGAAACUGAACAAAGAUCUGUGGAGACAGCAUACUUCAAUGAUCUUCGAUUGAAAUUAAUCCAGUUCAUUAUAAACUUCGAGACCAACGACAUUGGCUAUCUCUGCGUUUUCCACACACAUGCCAAUUCCGAGGAAGCAUCCUCACUCUUACCUAAGUGA